AGUCCCCGAGGUCCGGGGGACCCGGCUCUCCAUGUGGUCCCAGCCCUCCAGCUCGUCGUUCCUCCUCCGGUCGGGGUGGUCCAGCCCGCGCCCCCCGUCCCAGCCCCCCGAGCCGGCCCCCGCCCGUCCGUCCAGGGCCCCGCGCGAAGCGGAGCCCCCGCGCUCCCCCAGCCAGGGCAGCCCGCACAGGGAGUCAGGAACUGUCCUUGUGGACCUGGAGACCCCGGAGGAUAUACAAGUUCGCAGCCUGGGCCGGCUCUUCAAAUCCUCGAAGCAGUAUAUGAGACACGUCAUUGCAGAAUAUGAGGCGCUGGACAGAGACCUCCCCUGCAUCCGCAAAUUCUCGACGCCACCCGCCGCCCAGCCCCUCUGCUUGUGCAUGGAGACCUCAGAGGAUUUCACCCACCUGGAGGUGCUGCAGGCGCUGGAGGCCGAGUUACCGGGGGCCAUGGAGGGCGGGCGCGUGAGCAGCAUCCGCUUUGAGAACAUGAACGUCAUCUGCGGGACCGCGGGCCGCCGAGACCGGUGGCUCAUCUCCGUCGCUGACUUCCAGACGCGCUCCCGCCUGCUGCGCUCGGGGCUCAGCCCCCGCGGGCUCGCGCACCAGCUGGUGCGCCACGAUGACCUGCUGCUGGACGACUACCGCCUGCACCUGCGCCGCUCCCAGGUCCGACGGCGCAUGCUCGAGGCCCUGGGGGCGGAUCCGACCGAGGAAGAUUGACGUGCGAGGCGGGCUCUGGCUGCGCCUGCGCCCCUCCCCGCUGGCUCGGGAGACCCAAUGCCCAACCCCGGUGGAUAAGGGGGCGGCGCCUCCCCAGGAAGGAGGCGGGGCCGGCUCGAGGGGGUGGAUACUGCGAGUUUAAUUAUAAAGAAUGACCUGGUACAAAAGCCAUUUCUCUCUGCAAAAUCUUGGUGGAGAGUCAGGGAAAGGAGGUGAUGGGGGUAGGGACGAACCCCCACAUUGUAACCCCGCCUCCCUAACCUUACUCCAGUCCCGAUUGGACGCCGGGGUUCCGAUUCCUUAAAGGGCAAACUGAGGCCAGCGGGAGGGGACUCGGGCCGUGGCAACCCACGUCUCGCGAGAACCGAGGUCUCCAUCCGCCCCGCUCCCUCAUCUCCCCACUCCCCUUGGAAGACAAUUCUCGGGCUUUUAUUUCAGGUUUUUUUUUUUCUGAAAAUUUUUUUGUUUUAGGGUUUUUUUUUUG